UUCCUCCCUGCCUGGGCCAGCUUAUCAUCUCUCAUUAGCCUGUUUCCCAAGGGCCCAGAGAAUCUAAAGCCUUUCUCGAACGCUGUCGUAUUACCGUCUAUCUGCGAGCUUCAACAGCCAAAAAUAGAAGGCCCCGAAGUUGCUGCGUAAGAGGAGAGAUGGCAAGACGAGUCCCGCUUAGCAUCUCCCAGUUUGUUGGAUUUGCAAAGAGAUCCUUCAAUUCUUACAAAUUACCCGGAGACCCCUCUUCUUCUUCCCCUCUAACCCAUGGCAUCCAUGUCUUCCAAUGCCCCGAUGAAGUUGGGAUAGUUGCAAAGCUAUCAGAAUGUAUAGCUUCAAGAGGUGGAAACAUACUUGGGGCUGACGUUUUUGUCCCUGAGAAAAAGAAUGUCUUCUAUUCCAGAAGUGAGUUUGUUUUUGACACUGUUAAAUGGCCGAGGGAGCAAAUGGAUGAAGACUUCCUAAAGCUUUCAAAAAUGUUCAGUGCUACAAGAUCUGUUGUCAGGGUUCCAGAGCUAGACCCCAAGUUUAAAAUCGCGGUCCUUGCUUCAAAACAGGACCAUUGCCUGGUAGAUUUGCUCUAUGGAUGGCAGGAAGGAAGACUUCCAGUUGAUAUUACUUGUGUGAUAAGUAAUCAUCAUAGAGGUCCAAACACUCAUGUGAUGCGCUUUCUUGAAAGGAAUAAUAUUCCAUAUCAUUAUUUGCACACAACCAAAGAGAAUAAAAGAGAAGAGGAUAUCUUGGAGUUGGUUCUGAAUACUGAUUUUUUGGUACUUGCCAGAUACAUGCAGAUUUUAUCUGGUCAUUUUUUGAGGACAUAUGGGAAAGAUGUAAUUAACAUUCACCAUGGCCUUUUGCCAUCAUUUAAGGGUGGGAAUCCAUCUAAGCAGGCUUUUGAUGCAGGUGUGAAAUUAAUUGGUGCUACAAGUCACUUUGUGACUGAAGAACUUGAUUCAGGGCCUAUUAUUGAACAGAUGGUUGAAAGAGUUUCUCACAGGGACAAUUUGCAAAGUUUCGCGCAAAAAUCAGAGAACCUUGAGAGGCAAUGCCUUGCAAAGGCUAUGAGAUCAUACUGUGAACUACGGGUGUUACCAUAUGAGGAAAACAGGACUGUUGUGUUUUGAGAGUACUAAUUGGAGGACAAAGCAGUGUAAAAUAAGAAGCUUUAAAAAUCCUGUAGCUGGCUUUUGUGAGCAUGGGGAAUCUCAUUCUUGUUCCUAUGCCUUUAUCCAAAGAAGAACAGGAAAAUUGGGGUGCAGUUUUUGAAUGGUU